UGUAUCAUUGUCCCCAGAUCACCACUGUCGCAACAAUAAUGGGGGAGUGGCUAAUCACCUCUACUUCUUUCUAGCGGUUAUUUCAUAGGAACUUCUCAGUAAUCGUUUUUUAUAUAUGCUGUGGAUAUAAUAAGUACGUUCAAAUCACUUACAACUCUUCUAGGGCUCCUUUACUAACAUUGCCUGGGCCAUUUUCUUAAUGCAUUUCCAAAAGUACAUCUUUGCCAAACCACAACUUGUGAUGAUUUUGCAGCAAAGUGCUGCUCGUAGCCACAGCCAAAUUCACUUCUUUGUUGAAAACAACCAACUAUAUGUGUUUUACAAACAGCAAAUAGGCAGAUAAAAGUAACUGUAUAAAAGCAUCUAAUUGUCCAAAAUGAUAAUGACCCCUUAAACCUUAAGUUACCAGCUCGACCCCGAUGACACACUACGUUUGGGGUUGCUUGCUGCUUACAGAUGUAUGAGAAAGGCCUGGAGGAAAAGCACUAGAAUAAUACUCCUAGAAAUAAUGUAUAAAAUGUGGGUAGUAGCUCAGAUUGAAAACUUUCAAAACAGGUUUCUUUUUUUUUACUUUUCCCAACAAAAUAUUCUUGAAAAACGUGACAAUUGAUUAAUCUAUUCGCUAGAGCAGGGACGGCCAACCCUGGUCCUGGAGAGCCUCGGAGUGCCCUGGUUUUUGUUUUACCCCAGCCUCUUAAAGAUUUAAUUGAAAUUGUGGUUCAGCACAAACAGUUUAAUCACCCCCUAAAAACAACAAUGACAGGUGAUCUUUUCAUCUCUACUACCUGAGCAUUGUUUUGCAGCCUUUUGUGCGGGUAAAUGGCAAGAGCAGCUUUUUACAAAGUUGAUGCGCACGCUCAGAUUUAACAACUUAAAUAAAAUAAUUACCUUCUACCAUAAAUGAAGUACUUUGACAUCCCCUGUGGUAUAUGAGUUAGUCCAGAGCAUUCACCUGCAUUUGGAUUUAAAUGAACACUUGUCAUGAACCCCUGCACCGCUAGAGGCUCCAAUCAUAUUUAGACAACAACUGUGUAUUUAGAAUACCUGAUUUUCAUUGGCACGUGUGCAGCACCAGAAAAAAAAAAAAAUACCAUCCGUUAGGUGCUUACAAUACCAGAAUAAAUUGUCAAUCUAAUAGCCUGAAUGGCACAGAUCGUCUGAUCGUGACAUAGGUCCAGCCUUUCAUCAUCACCCUGCACCUCCGCUCUGGGCCAUUCCAGCCUGGCGCGUCCACCUUCAGCUUUGUCGCCGAGACAGGUAACCUUUCACAGUACUGAGGAAGCUCAAGUUAAAAAGGAAACCUUUUUUAAAAAAAAAUAAGCUGUUCAUUUUUUAAAACGCAGUACACAUGUUGCAGCAGCAUUUUAACUGUAAGCAUAUCUCCACCUACCACCGUUUUCUCUUCUCAAAACCUAAAAUAUGAAGGUCAGAAUGAACUAAAAAAUGUUUACAAAACACCCCGGUUUCAUUGGGAAAUACGGUACAAACACUUACAUGCUUGAAGCAUUUGAUUAUGUACUUAUUCCUACAGUUCCCCAAAAAUCUGCCAAAACACAGAAUUAUCAAAUAGCUGCUAUAAUGUAACCACAUGCUAGUUUAAGUUGCAUUGUAUUUUUGUUAUGAGAACAAUACACCUAAUGCAGAUAAUAUACAAGUUGCGGGAAGUAGCCGAGAUUUAACUUUCAAACCUGAAUUUUUUUUUUUUUUUUUUUUUUUUUUUUUUUUAACUAACUUUUCUCAUUUAGCAAAAAAGAUAACUGUAAAAGAAGAACAAGAAGAAAUGAUAGUCAUUUUCUUGGAAACGUGAGUGGGCGGGCUGUGGGACGGAAGUGGGGAAGAUGGACAGCUGUUCUUGGAAGGAAUUGGUUAAUGCGGAUUUCAAUGGACUGACAUAUAUAUGACUAGAACCAACAGCAGCAACCAAAUUGUCCUGCAAGGUACAGAAGCAGUAGCCUUCACAAACAGAUUAAUCACCCUCGGAUACCAACAAUGGCAGCUCUGGACAUUGACAGGUGCGAUUUGAAAAGCAAGGCCAACAACGUCAGUCAUCGAACAUACCUGAAUGGCACAGAUCGUCUGAUCGUGAGGAGGGGCCAGCCUUUCAUCAUCACCCUGCACCUCCGCUCUGGGCAAUUCCAGCCUGGCGCAUCCACCUUCAGCUUUGUCGCUGAGACAGGCCCCUCCCCGUGUGAGUCAUCUGGCACCAAAACAGAGUUCUACCUCUCGGACAAGAUUAAUAUGAACCAGUGGAGUGCGGCAGUGUCCUCCCACUUGGGCAACACCGUGUCCCUGACCAUCUACUCCCCGCCCGACGCCAGGAUUGGUAGCUACUCGCUGACAAUGAAGCAGGUUGAAAGCACCCGGCUCGGAGACUUCGUCCUGCUCUUUAACCCCUGGUGCCCAGGUGAUUCCGUGUACAUGGAGAACGAGGAAGAGCUCAAAGAAUACGUGUUGAGUCAGGAUGGACUGAUCUUCCGCGGAACUGAGAAACACAUUACACACUGCGCCUGGAACUUCGGACAGUUUCAACCUGGCAUCCUGGAUGCUUGCCUGCAGCUGUUGGACAUGAACCCUAAAUUUUUAAAAAAUGCAAACCAGGACUGCUCCAAAAGAAACAACCCAGUCUAUGUGAUCAGGGUGGUGAGCGCAAUGAUAAACUGCAAUGAUGAUAAAGGGGUGCUGGCUGGUAGUUGGGACGACUGCUCUGACGGAGUGAGCCCGUUGAGCUGGUGUGGCAGCGUUAACAUUCUCCUGAACUGGUAUGGGUCGGCCUGCCAGCCAGUCAGGUAUGGCCAGUGCUGGGUGUUCGCUGCAGUCGGCUGUACAGUUCUACGAGCUCUGGGGAUCCCCAGUCGCGUGGUCACAAACUUCAUAUCUGCCCAUGACAGCAACAGCAACUUGAUCAUUGAGCGCUACUAUGAUGAAAACGGGACCCUAAUAAAAAAAAGUCGAGAUUCUAUAUGGAACUUCCACUGCUGGGUAGAAUCCUGGCUUACCCGCCCAGACCUCAAACCAGGGUUUGAUGGAUGGCAGGCAAGUGACCCGACCCCCCAGGAGAAAAGUGAAGGAGUUUUCUGCUGUGGACCCAUCUCAGUAAAAGCAAUAAAGGAAGGAGAGCUGACCUUAAAGUACGACGCCCCCUUUGUAUUUGCGGAGGUCAAUGCAGACGUGGUGAGUUGUAUUCAGCGCAAAGAUGGCAGCCAGGAGAAGUUGACUUGCACUGAUCAGGUGGGCCAGCGCAUCAGCACCAAAAGUGUGGGCAAAGACACCAGAGAGGACAUCACACAUUUAUACAAGUACCCUGAGGGUUCCGAGGAGGAGAGGCGUGUGUUUGAGAAAGCCACCAACCAAAACAAGCGGCUGAAAACUCAGCCCGCACCAGGCCUGCACCCCAAGAUCAAGGUGACAGAGGGCAUGAAGAAUGGGUGCGACUUCGAUGUCUAUGCAGUUGUCACCAACAACUCGCCCAAGCCCAAGCUGUGCCGCCUGAUUUUCAGUGCCUAUGCAGCCCGCUACAAUGGCAAAGUGGGGGACGUGUGUGCCAUGAAGGAACUGCCCAAUGUGCAGAUCCCACCUAACGAAGAGACUAAGAUACCCCUAAGACUAAAUUAUUACAAGUACUGCAAAUCCAUAACAGCGGACAACCUCAUCAAGCUGGUAGCUCUUCUCAUUGACAAUGAAACCAAGGUUACUGCAUUGGCAGUGAGGGACAUUUAUCUGGAGAACCCCGAGAUUACAAUCAAGAUACUGGGUACACCGAAAGUGAACUGCAAGCUGGGUGCGGAGAUCACAUUAAAGAACCCCCUGUCUGAGCCGCUGCAAGAUUGUUUGUUCUGUGUGGAGGGGGCCAACCUCACUGAUGAAAAGGCAAUCCACAAACACAUUGCAUUGGUCCGCCCUGGCCAGGACGUCAAGGUGAAAGUGGACUUCACCCCAAAGGAGCCAGGGCUCAGCAAGCUGGUUGUGGAUUUCAGUAGCGACAAGCUGCGUGUUGUCAAAGGUUACAAGAACAUCAUCAUCAGCGAAUAGGCUGUCAGCCGCAAAAUGUGAAGGAGAGAGGGGGCGCUAAACUCUGAACCAAAUUACAAGACCCCCUAAACUUUCAGAAACAAGAGGGGUGGCAUUUGUUUGUUUUGUAUGUUUUGUUCUGAAGUGAAUUUGUGAUAUUUACAAUCAAGGUAAAAAUGUUAAGAAACUAAAGUGUUGAUUUGAUCAGCCAAUACCCCACUGGGCUAUAUGUGUAAAAUUGAAGUCAGGCUAUCAUGUAACAGCAACAGUGCUCACACUAUGAACUUCAGCAAGCUCAUAAAACGGUUUCUGCAGUGUGUGUGUUUUGCAUCUAGAAUCAAUAUGCACCAUUAUACCUUGUGUUUAUUUGAUUAUGGGUGUGUGUUUCAUUUCAUUAUUAUUCUUGUACCAGAAAUGGUUCCUGCAAUUAAUCAUACAUACAUACUGUUAAUUUUGGUGGUUAUUUUCAAAAUAUGUUUAGUGAAUAUUGUGUACAUUUAUUACAUUUUACAAAUUUCACUAGUAUUAAAUCUGCUUUUUAAAACUGUAAUCAUAAAUGCGUGUUCUGUUUUUCUCAAUUAAGUGUUGUUCUAAGAAGCAGACAUGCUCAAAAUGUGAUUUGCAUUUGUUUCGGUGCUUAUGGUUUCACUUGCAAGAAAUAACAAAAUGUGAAAGAAAGAAUUUCAAAUGGAAGCAUAACAAAACCAGAAUGAUGACUUUUUUUUUUUUUUUAUACUGUACAUUAUGAACUUUUAACGUUUUAAAAUGUUAGCUAACGAAGUGCCUUUGAAAGAUACAUAGUUCUGUUUUUGUUGUAAUCUUUAGAGUAUAAAAACCAAAAGUUUUUUUCAUUUAAUCAUGAAGAAACUUUUUCUGGUACAUUUCAAUCUGUACAGAUUCAGCAUGUCUUAAAUGUUUAUUAUAUAAAAAAAUCGAUCAAGUAACCAAGUGUCCUCUAAUAAAACAAAAUGAAAAGGAAAUCUGUUGCUAUGACUGUCAAAGCCCUGGCCUGACAAUCAUUGCAACAAACUCAAUCUUGUCCAUCACAAGUGUUGUCAAAUCGUUGACCCAAAACUGUAAUAUUAAUUCCUUAGCUUGCAUUUGAUUGAGGUGCUCCAGAAAAAAAGUAAAUGGGUUCAAAAUGUCUGACUUUGCAUAUAUUUUUAUAUUAUAU